UCGGGCUUCGGCGCCUCCUGCCGCGCGGGGCCCGUGCUGGACGGGCCGGCGGGCGCGCGGGCCGCGCGCGCCGGCGAGCCGCCACCUGCUCUGGCGCGGCAGGCUGCCCUGCCCGACCGGGGCCUGCAAGGAGGAGGCCGAGAGCGGGCCGUGCUGCUGUGGCAGCUGCUGCUGGUGGGCGGCACCCUCGUGGGCUUCUCGUGGCUCGCGCUGCUGGCGGUGCUGGCGCUGCCGGUGACGGCGGGGAGGUGGCUCGUGCGCUGCCUCCUCGCCGGGCACUCGCCGGGGGUGUCCGACGACUUCCUGCCGCUGAGCCUGGGGGUGGUGAUGCUCUCGGGAGCCGUGCUCGGGAGCGUCAAGGUGUGGGAGGCCGUCUGCGCGGUCGCUGCCCGCGCGGCCACCCUGGAGCCGCGCCGGCGGCUGCCGAGGCUGCUGGCCUGCGCCUGCUCCUGCGCGGCGCUGGGCGCGGUGGGGCUUGUCCUGGUCCCGAUGGGCGUCGGCCUUUUCGCGCUCAAGCUGCUCCUGCCGCUGAAGGCGCCCACCGUCUACCAUUUUCCGAUGGUGUUCCUCGUGGCGGACUGCUGGAGCCUCGGGCUGCUGCUGUGCAAGGUGAUUUCCCGGCUGGUCCAGACGGGCACGAUCAUGCACGAUCUGCACCAGGAGCUCGCGGCCGUCUUGGAAGAGGUGCAGGGCUCCCUCACGGACCUCUUCUUCGACUUGCGGGCGCACUGGCGCAUCUGGCGCGGGGUCGUGCUGCCGCUGCUGGAGGCGGUGGUGCUCUGCCUCGUUCUGCCGUGCACCGUGGCUCAUACGCUUGUCCGGUAUGUGGUGCCGGAGGAUUACCUGUUCACCCACGCCUUCCUGUUGAUGUACUGCUGCCACAUUCUGCUCGCCGCGCGCAUCUCGUGCUCCACGCUGCCUACGGCGAGGCACUGGCUGGAGGGAGUGCGGCAGCGGAUAUUCGACUCCAAGUAUUUGGUGACCACCGAGCUGCAGAACUACCACCCCACAGAAGCCGCAUCGGCCGCGGGGGAGCGUCGGCCAUCCACCCAGCUGCACCGAUCCCGGCCAGGCCCGUCUCUGCACUCUGCAUGCCUUCCCGGCCAGGCCAGGAGGAGGCCAGGAGGGCACGCGUGUGCACCGAUCCUUUGAGGUCCAGGGCCGACCUGGCUGAGAUUUGCGCAGGUUGCCGGUUGGCACCUCCCCAGGCCGCUGGCAGUGCUGCGCUGCAGUGAGCGGCUGCCCGCCCGACGAUCCCACGGGCACCCGCCCGCUAGGCUCGCCCCGACUCGUCUCGCUCAUCUUGCCCGUUCUUGCCUCCACUUCCAUGUUCCGCUACUCCAUGCGGCCCAUUGCGCCUCAUGCGCACUUCGGCCAGCCCGACAUCGGCCUUUCUCUCGACUUGGACAUUCUGCAGGUCCGGCCGACUGACUGACCCUCCCUUUCCCAUCUAGUAGUUCCUCUUCGUGUUCCUCGCCGUG